UAGGAACUUUCCCAUUGGUGAUGUUCGCUGGAAGUCUUCUUUUCUUGGAACCUGAUUGUUUGGAUGGAAUAUCAAAGGAAAAGAAGACCACAUCAAGUACUCAGAGAGAUCCAAUGAAAAAGACCAAAGGAGAGCGAGGAGGAGGGGUGUCCUUGAAGACAAUCACUGCUUUAGUGGGAAUUUCAUUCCAUUUUCUCCUCCAGUGUUUCUUGCCAUACUCCCAAUUUCUUUUUCAGGGGCUCAAUGGAUGGACUGGAGCAGGGCUGUAUGGGUAUUCAUGGAACAUGAUGGUCCAUUACUAUUAUCUGAAGCCAAUGGAAGUCUCCCUGUAUGAACGACCAUCCCAGUCUUGGACUCAUUCUGUAGAGGGGCCCAAUGGCUCAUUCAGACAAUCCUUUUCUCAUGCUCCUCAGUCAGGACAUCUACCACUGAAGGCAUUGGUGGAAUCCCCUCUGGCUAUGAAGCGCUAUGUAGAAUGCAUGGCUUCCAGGCAUGCAGACAAGACCAGACUGGGUUUGGCUGACAUAGAAGUCUACAUCUCCCUUCCUGUGUCAAUUGGUGAUGUACCAAUUCAGCCAGUAUACAAUGCAUCAACAGACAUCCUUCAUGCAGAUUGGUCUCUAUGGGAACGACCUAACUGGCUACUUCAACCCAGGGCCACUCACCUUGGAGCCUUUAUCAGGCAUGACAUGCUCACCUGUAGUCAGAGUUCCCAUGUCUCUGAAUUCCAUCUUUUAGAUCCAGGGAAACAAGUUGAUUUCAAGUUCAGUGAUUGUGAGGCUGCAUCUAUUGAAUCAGUGGAAGGGAUCUUAGAUGUGGAUUGCUUCCCUGGCGACUACGAGAAGAGGGCAAUCCACCAGGGACACAGGUACCUGAUCCCAAAGAUCCCCACCUCAUGCACCCUUUCCACAAGUUCUCAUCCAUAUGCCAUUGCUCGACUCAUGUACCUUUCAUCAAAGUGUGGGAAAGGCUCUUCUCUCAGAAUCCCCUCCCUGAGCGAUAUGACAGAAUGGACCUCCCUCCUCCUCCAUUCUGUUGGGGAGACAAUCAAGGAACUGCCAGUCCUCUUGGAUGCUGCUUUGUCUAAUGAUCCUUCUAUCUGGAACCAUAUCUCCACAUGAUGCCUUUUGUAUUUCUCUCAUAAGCCAUACCUUGUUACUGCCAGUAAACUAAGUAAAACUGAUUGUUGUGUAAUGUCCAUAAAGUCAAGCCCUGUGGCUAACUUUUUUAAAUUAGAGCUAUGGGGUAGCGGUAGGUUCAUGCAAAUGCCAGAUAGGAAAAAUGAACCAAAUUCAUAGUUUUUUCCCCGUUUUCUUCAGUUUUUUUAAAAUUAUUAUUAUGCUUGACAUCUUUGAUACCUGAUGAAAUGAGAAGGGAACUUUUUCACAGACUCUGGCUAAUGUCUAGGUGGCAUGGACCAUGGGGAGGGGAUUCCAAGAGAAAUGUCUCAAGGUUUGUUACUAAAAGUAUUAAAUAACAGCACCACAUGGGCUAUUUUGCCAAAUCAUCAACCUUUAGUUCAACUGUUUCUUAAUAUUUCCCUCAUGCUGCUUUAGCGACUCUUCUUGA